AGCCUCAAAGUCUGCUGGGUAUUAUUCUGAGCUUCAGCCCUGUUUCCUUCGUAAAAAAUUGUUAAAUUAAUUUUCAUUUCCAAUAUAUAGUUCAAAUCGUGUUCAAAAGAAAUUUUCCUUUAUUUCAUAUUGAGCUUAUUUCAAUUUAUUUUUGAUAUAAUUCACUGCAUUCAAUUUCAUACUAAGUUUCAAAGAAUAGUGUAAGGAUCACAGGAAACAAGUUUGUGUUGCGGGAAUAUAAAUUAUUUAUCAAAAAUGGUUUCGUGGUUUCUUCUUCCUCUGGUUGCUCUAUCAGUCAUACUUUCACUAACGGAUGGAAGAGGUUUACUAAGACCUGUAGCAGUCGUGAUGAGUCCUUACGGAAAUCCACUGAUGUUUAUGAGAGAUAAAAGAACUCCAAUUGGUGUUUAUCCUCAAAGAGCUAUGAUCUUAACUGGCUACUACAGACCAAUUCGUCAAUCGUAUAAUGGCGAUCAAGCAACUGCAGUUUUUGCGCAAGGAAGCGCGGUCAAUGGAGCGGCUUAUCUAGGUGAUGGUAACCAACCGGAUUAUUUGAAGCCUGGUCCAGAGCCAGCUACUGAACCAGAAAUUGCAAAUUCUGAAGCCGAAGCAGCUCCUCAGCCAGAAGAAAAUUCAAGUGCAGCUGAUGAAGGUGAUCAAAAUAAAUUACAAGGUCAAGGAAAUCAAGAACAUCAUAAUAAACCUCAGGAUGAAACAAAUGAUUCGAAUCCAGGUAGCACAACAGCUCCUGAAGAAUCAACUGAAACAGCUGCAGCUCGUCCAAAAAAAACUGACACAAAAAAAGGAAAGAAAGUGGUCUUACCAGUACAAGAUGAACAGGAAGACGAAGAAGAUGAGGAUGAAUAUGAUGACGAUAUUACAGGAGGAAUUGCUCCCUUGGUACCACAGAAAGGCAAACGUCGUCAACAAUAUCCUAGUCGUAAUAUUUUUUUCCCAAUGAUUUUUGGAUAUCCUGGAGGUUCUUCCAGAUCUGGAUCUUCUGGAUCUCUUCCUGGAUCUGUCACUGCCAUUGCUAAUAGUUAUUCUACAGGAAAAGGAGGAGUUGCGAAUUCUGUCGCCACUGCAUAUGGUGGAUCUCCUCACGCCGAAUUUGGGGCUGAUGGGACUUCAGAUAUCGUGAAGAGAAUCAGUAGAGAAGCUUUUGCUGAUCCUCACCAUCAUCAUCAUGAUCAUCAUGAUCAUCAUGGAGGAGGAUUUGGUGUAGGAUACGCAGGAGGAUAUGGUCACGGAUACCAUGAUCAUGGACACCAUGACCAUGGUCACGGAGGAUUCGUAGGAUUAGGUGGAUAUGGAAGUCAGGGACUUUAUGGAUAUGAUAAUCACGGACAUGGACACGGAGGUCAUGGACACGGAGGUCAUGGACACGGAGCUUAUGGACACGGAGGUCAUGGAUACGGUGGAUAUGGAAACGGUGGACAUGGAGGUUAUGGUCUCUAUCCAAGUGGAGGCGGCGGAAAUUCUUUUGCUAACAGUCAAGCUAAUGCUGCAUCCUUUAAUACGCCUUUCGGAAGCGCAUCUUUUGCACAGGGUGAAUGGCUCAAUCAACUGAGAUUUUUUCUAAUAGAGCCUUUGGACGAAGAAGCAAGGCUAACAGAUUUCAAUAAAAAAAGUCUUCAGAUUGUAAAUGAGACAUUGUGGAGGUCAUCAGCAUUACGAGACAAACUUGCCUUAAAAAAAGAUGCAAAUAUCGUUGGCAGCUUACUGGCUUCUUCACCGAAGCUAAAUGCAAUUUAUCAAGAUAACUUUAUCGGUUCUUUAACUUCGACUUCCAAGUAUGAAAGAGACGUUUCUGAUGAUGAAAUGAAUUCCGUCAGAGAUAAUGUUGAAAACCUUGCUCGUUUUCGAUAUUUUUUUGAAGAAUUAUGCAGAAGACACAUGUCUGAGGUUCAAAGUACGAUGCCACCUUCUGGGUCUCGAUCUGGUGGGGAAGGUUUCGACGGCGACGGCGCCGAUGGUCGGCUGCCCUUAACCGGUUCUGCUGGAGCGAUGGUGAUGAAAAGCGUUUCCAUAUUUCUGGCGCGUAGUCGCAAAGCUUCGGUUUCCUCAAGAAGACAGCAGUUGGCUUCACCUGACCAGAAACAGGAAACUGUUAGCAAAAGAAGACGCAGAAGACCAAAAACAGAUCUUAAAAUGAAAAGUGCUGCCUAUUACGCCAAGGUCAUUGAAUCCUUGAAGAAAAAAACCAGAUUUACCAAAUUCGAACUAGAGGCACUUUGCAAAAUUUAUAGCAAACUGACAACCGUUCCUAAAGAACGUGUUGGACAUAUAUCAAGUUCUAGUGGAUCUGCAACACCAUUACCAGCUGUUGAGGGUAUUGAUAGAUCAAUAUUUCGUGAAUUGCUUCACAAUACAUUUGACGUGAUAACAGAAGACACAAUAAUUGAACGAAUGUUUGUUUACUGGGACAAAGACAGCGAGGGUGCAAUUAGAUUAGAACAUUGGAUUAUGGGCCUAGAUGUAUUUUUAAGAGGCAAUCAACGAGAAAAAAUUACUUUUUGCUUCAAGGUAUACGAUUUAAAUAGCGAUGGUUACAUCACGAAGGACGAAAUAUUUCAACUUUUCAAGAAUUGUUUGAUAAAACAACCAGGAGAAGAAGAUCCAGAUGAGGGAGUGAGGGACCUAUCCGAAUUAGCUCUGAAGAAAUUAGACGUGGAUCAUGACGGGAAAAUAUCUUUUGAAGAUUAUGAAGCAACAGUAAAAGAGGAACCAUUACUGCUGGAGGCUUUUGGACAAUGUUUACCAACCAUAGAGAGUGUCGCUGCCUUUUUAAUGACUUUACGACCUUGAAUCUUUAGUAGUAGUACCCGGAGAUUUUUCUAGGUAAGAAAUCAUUGU